CAGUGAGUCCAUGACUUCAAAUUAUGAAUACAAUACAAUACAUUCUGAUUUAUAUAGCGCUUUCACAACAGCUGCAGCUGUAUCACAGUUAUUCCUGUGCCAGUAAAAUACUGCCUUGAUGGCAUGGUGAAACCAGACUCCAAAGUCAGAAGUGACAUGAAUGCAUGUGCAAAUGACAUUGCAUUUUUAUGAGCUGCUUAAUUCAGGAAAUGUCAUUAAGCAAAUGUUUUUUUGGGGCCCUUCAGUCUUUAAGAGUUGGACUUAUUUAAUUAAUACCACCCUUACACCAAGUUUCUCCACACAUGACUUGGCAGCUACCUGGGUGAAGAUCCACAAUUUUCCCUCGCAGGUGAGUGCCAGACUACACGAUACUGCGAUUAUGUCAAAGUCAAAAGCGAAGCAGACCUGCCACGUGGUUGGAUGUUUAGAUGGGCACACAUCACUACAUCGCCUGCCAGCCAGAGAGGACAUCAGGACAAAGUGGAUUCAUUUUAUUUACAAUGGAAACAUUCCGUCCUCUGUCAGCAAAAAUCUUGUCGUCUGUGCCAACCACUUUGCGUCGGUCUGCUUUAGCAACCUCGGUCAGUAUAAAGCUGGUCUGGCAAUGAGACUCUUUAUAAAAGAUGGAUCCAUACCGAGUGUCCGUGGCAAAGAUACAGAUGAGGAAAGUGCAACCAAGUCUGCACUGGCAGCCGUGGUACAUCAUGUGGCCUGCCAGACGGACCCCCCGGCCACACGCAGAGUUGGCACACAGCUGUCCAUGCAAACACUCCAACCUAACUUCAAAAAAGUAGAUGUAAGAAGCUCACCUGUUGCUUCCCCAAAACCAUGUAAAAGAGCUCGCAUGGAACUGGAGGAGGAUAUGGAAAACCCACUAGAGGGCAGCUCUUUUAUGGACAUUCCAGACGCACUGGAUCCAACCUGUGAGGACCCUGCCACAGUUUUAACUGAUUUAACAAAUGCAACGCUGGAGUCUUCUGAUCCUGUUCAUAAAAUGGCAGCAUAUGUUGUCCAUGAAAGGUGCCUACUGGAGCUGUUUGAGGUGUGCCCUGUGUGUCAACGGAUUACUGAUGUGCAGACAAGAAGCAGAGGCACAUUCCUCUCUGUAACGCAGCAUUGCCGGCACUGUCAGUACUCCAGAAAAUGGAAUAGUCAGCCAAUUAUUGGAGACACACCUGUGGGAAACCUCAAGCUUUCAGCUGCUGUGUAUACUACAGGCUCAUCUUUCUUCAAACUUAAAAAGGUAAUGGAUAAAGACUUGGGCUGUGUUUGCAACAAUGCAUUCAAAAGUGCCCUAUAAGAGAAUUUGCAAAUGUCAAUUUUGGAGUGCAGUUUUAAAGUGUCGUCACUGUAGAGUAGCGUGAAAGACGUAAUUUAACUAAAUCUAGGAGAAGAAAUUAAGAUAUCCUUUAUUUGUCCCGCAAUGGGGAAAUUUACAGUCAGAGUUCAGAAAGGAAAACACUGGGUAGGGAGAGGGGAAAAAAAACACACUCGAACGAUCCUCUUCUGAGGUUAAUUUAAGUCAGGAUAAAAAAAGACCCAAGCACAUAAAUAAGCAAAUGACAGUUACUACAAGUCACAAGACAUAACAUGUAAUGAGAGGGCGGAUGGAUGGGAAUGGGUGUUAGCGCGUCGACUGUGCAGUGCAGAGGUACUGGGUUCAAUUCCAGCUCCGGCCUCCCUGUGUGGAGUUUGCAUGUUCUCCCCGGGCCUGCGUGGGUUUUCCCCGGGUACUCUGUUUUCCUUCCACUUUCCAAAAACAUGCAUAGGAGGCUGAUUGAACGCUCUAAAUUGUCCCGAGGUGUGAGUGUGAGCGCGGAUGGUUGACGGCUGGGGUAGGCUCCAGCACGCCCCGUGACCCUUGUGAGGAUAAAGUGGUUAGGAAAAUGGAUGUAGUCUGUAGUGUUCCCAAUGCGUGGAAAUCAAAACUAUUGUAAGGAUUUGUUUGAGGACAUGUUGAAACCCACGGUACGCUCACAAUGAAAUGUUUCUAUUUUACUCUCAAAUGAUAUUUUUAUUCCUGCAAAAUGUUUUUAUAAAUUCAUUCCCAGGAACAGCAGCUUUCUGCAGAUUGGAAAAAGUGCUGACAAGCAGGAAAGUUCUGAAAGAUGUGCAAAGGUUGAGCCCUCACUACCAGACAUUAUCCCUGGAGUCCUUUCACGAUGUCAUUCUGUCUUUUGCACCCAAGAAUGUGUUCUUUCCUUUUCUUGGAAUGUUAUGCAGACUCUACCUGGCAGCAUUGCACUUUAAUAAAAAUGUUGGGCGCCCUCAAACAACAUCAGCUCUUGAGGAAGGGGAAUGCACACCUCAACCAGAUUAUGUCGAGGAGGUGUUAGACCUCAUUUUUGAAAAGGUGUUGCCAGAUCCUGGCCCAUAUUUGGAAGAGGUCCUAAAAAUCCCAAUUCCAGAGGACCUGUCAGCCUAGUUUGAUCGACUGAACAGACGGGACGGAACCGAACACUGAAGUCUCACAGUUCCACAUUGUGUCUGAGAGCAUCUGGGAAUUUUGUUUGCGUCCGCAUCAUCACACAGGCAGGAAUGACCAACCUGAUCUGUCGACCCAACACCAGCUCGCAAACCUCCUCUCAGCAAAAUAUCUCUAAUGACUCUGACAAAUGACCAAUGUACGCUUGAAUAAGAAUAAGAAUUAAAAAAACAAAA